UGAUCAUCAUUUGAACAUAAACAAACUCUCUAUCAGGAAAACACAGAAACGAUUUCUAGGAAAUCCACACCUUUUUUAACUCUGCAGAAAAGUGACGACCCAUUAAACGGACCAGAGCUGUUUCAGGAUGGAACGUAUUAAUCAACGCUACAGCUGGACAGCUGUCAUCAAGCUGGACCCCAACUUUCCAGACAGCCCAAGACUGAUCCUGAGAAGAGUCCCUGCAGCAGCCCCUCAAACACCUCCUGGCUUUCCUCCAAGCUCACGCCUUAGCUUCUCUUCCAACUCAUCUACCUCGUCCUCCUCCAGCUAUUCCUGUGAAUCUUCUUCCAGCUCUUUCUGUGAAUCUUCUUCCAGCUCUUUCUGUGAAUCUUCUUCCAGCUCUUCCUCUGAAGCUUCUUCCAGCUCUUCCUCCAGCACGUCCUCCUCUAGCUCGUCCCCAGGCUCUCUUUCUCGCAGCACAACAAAGGAUGAACUCUGGACUUGUGUGCUGUUGGAGGGUGAGAACAAGAUCAUCUUAAGAAAGCUGCCAGUAGCGAGCUCAUCUGACAGGCCUGAAGAACCCAGCAAGCAGUACAAGUGACUUGAAUAGGACCUCUGGAUGAAUGAUGCCAGAGAUUUGCACAAUGGCAUUUAACAUGAUAAAACAAUGUAAAAAGAGUUCCUCAAAUACAAAUAUUUAAAACAA